AUUUUCCCACCCCUCCUCAGUGACUCCCACUUCCCCGAUACAUUUCUUUCUUUCCUCCUUCUUACACAGCCAACGCAUACCACCCACCAUGUCUGACGUCGCUGAGACCAAGCCCGACCCCACCACCAGCGCUCCUGAGGGCGCUGAGAAGCCCGAGGAGACGACCACCACCGCCCCCGAAGAGACCAAGACCGAGGAGAAGCCCGAGGAGUCCAAGUCGGUGACUGAGUCCGCUGCCGAGGCCGUCAAGGACACUGCCACCAAGACCACCGACAGCGUCUUCUCCAUGUUCGGCGGUGGCCCCAAGAAGGAGAAGCAGGAGGAGCCUGAGGAUGCUAAGGACGAGCCCUCCGGCUCUUCCAAGGCCCAGAAGGGUGAAGAUGAGGACGAGGCCCCCGAGUCCCCUGAGGUUCACUUCGAGCCUGUCAUUCGCCUGACCGAGAAGGUGGAGACCAAGACCAACGAGGAGCUGGAGGAGCAGACCUUCAAGAUGCGUGCCAAGCUUUUCAGAUUCGACCGUGACAGCAAGGAGUGGAAGGAGCGUGGUACCGGUGACGUCCGCCUGCUCAAGCACAAGGAGAACCAGAAGACCCGCCUCGUGAUGCGCCGCGACAAGACCCUCAAGGUCUGCGCUAACCACUACAUUGUUCCCGAUAUGAAGUUGAGCCCCAACGUUGGCAGUGACCGCAGUUGGGUCUGGAACGCUACCGCCGAUGUCAGUGAGGGUGAACCCGAGGCGCAGACCCUGGCCAUCCGCUUUGCCAACAGUGAGAACGCCAAUCUCUUCAAGGACGCUUUCGAGAAGGCCCAGCAAGAGAACGAGAAGCUGCUUAGCCAGCAGAAUAAAGACUCCGGCGUUGAAGGAUUCCCCCUCCGAUCAUGGUCAAUUGAGAUCUACCUUGUCAACGAACACGGCGAGCAGGUGCCUGCGAAUGUCUUUGACAAAGUGACAUACACGCUGCACCCUAGUUUCGGCGACAGAGCCAUUCAGACUUUCAAGAACCCCCCUUUCAGAAUCUCAGAGGAAGGAUGGGGUGAGUUCGACAUGCAGAUAGGCCUCACUGCCGCCGACAAGGAUCAUUUCGUUACGCACGAUCUGAACUUUGCUCAGCCUCGUUACGAAUCCAAGCACGUUAUUACGUUCAAGAACCCCAAGCCUGCCCUACUAGCCCUCCUCCGCGAAUCCGGACCCGUCCCAGGAGACGAGAAUGGCGUGAAGUCGAAACGCGCCGCGGCCGGAGAGGAGGGAUCCAAGAAGAAGAAGCGGACAGAGAAGAGUGUCGACAUGGACAAGCUGGCCGACGGUCUGCAGCGACUCGGCGAAGACGACCUCCUUCAGGUAGUACAGAUGGUGCACGACAACAAAGCCCCAGACUCGUAUACCAAGAAUGAUGUUGAGCAGGGAGAAUUCCACGUCGACCUAUAUACUCUUCCAGACACCCUAAUCAAGAUGCUGUGGGAUUUCACGCAGGAGAAAGGCGCUUUGUGAACAAAAACAACAACGACAACAACAAUAACUUACUAGUUACCCCACCAUAUUUUUCCUUUUUUUUAUCUCUUUUUAAACUUAUUUUGGGCGAAACAAUUGCUAUCUUGUUGUAUCUCUCUGGCUGUUAUUUUCCCUAACCCCCUCCCCCUUAUUCCACUCAAAGUUUACUAACUAACUAACAAACUACUUACUACGGAGUACUUUACUUGGCUACAUUUUGCAUCUAUGAACACUUACUAGGACUUGUUCUAUCUUGCUUGAUUGCUUACUUCUACCUAAACCUACUUGUCUAUUUACUAGUUCUCCAUUUGGGUUGUACUUUUUUUUUAAGUUUGCUUUUCUUUAUCACCAUUAAAAAAACAAAACAGGAAGAAAGGAGAAAGAACAUGAAGUGGUAAAUGGACGGACGGAUGGGAUGGAUGGGUAAUAAUGAUUCUUUGUGUGCAAUAUUGAAGUAGCGGAAACAAAGACACAGGCACCAGGGGCGC